AUGUGCUUGAACACCGGCUACCCGUGCAACUGCCUGGGCGACGGAAACCCCUGCGAACCCUGCAGGAUGAGCAAAGACGAGAACAGCCAGGGAGACGACCCCUUGAAGGAAGGCGGGGCGCAGAAGACGGGCGAGCAUGACCACCCGAACCACCAACCCGUCGCUACUAACAAGGAACGGGACAGAAACUGGGGAUGGAUCCUGUCCGGGGUCAUCUUCAUCAACAUCCUGAUGCUGGGCAUCGCGCUGGUGAGCGGCAGCGCCUACGAGCACGUCGACAUCAGCAUGUCCGACCUGCAGGUCUUCCUGGUCAUCAUCCUCAUCCUCACCUGCAUCUGGAUGAUCUACUACAUCAUCUUCACGGCCAGGAUCGAGAACGCCGUGGCUUACAGGGACCAGCACGCCGGACCCGUGUGGCUCAGAGGGGGAAUGGUGCUGUUCGGACUCCUCAGCAUCAUCAUGGACGUUUUCAAGAUCGGCAGCUACAUCGGCUACCUCCACUGCGAGUCGGCCAUCAAGAUUGUUUUCCCCGUCAUCCAACUUAUUUUCAUUGUUGUGCAGACGUACUUCAUGUGGGUCCACGCAAAGGACUGCGUGCAGCUCCAGAGGAACCUCACGCGAUGCGGGCUGAUGCUGACCCUGUCCAUUAAUCUGGUUUUGUGGAUGGCCGCGGUCACGGACGAGUCGCUCCACCAAACGGCCCACCCGGACGACGACCACGGCGACGACCACGGCGGCGACCACGCCAACGACACGCACGAAAUCGACGACCACCACGGCAACAGCUCUCAUAAACAAUUCGGACGUGAGCUGUACAUCAGUAGAGCGAGCUUCGGCGAGGACGGCUGCGAGUGCAGCCACACGUCCUGCAGCCUCUUCAAAGAGGCCUACUUCUACCUGUACCCCUUCAACAUCGAGUACAGCCUCUUCGCCUCCGCCAUGGCCUACGUCAUGUGGAAGAACGUGGGCCGACUGGGCGAGGCCCACGACCCGCACGGCCACAGCCACGCCCACAAGUUCCACCUCAAAGACGCGGUCGUCGGCCCCCUGGUGGGAGUCCUGCUGGUUUUCGCCGGUCUGGCCACCUUCAUCGUGUACGAGAUGGACAUGAAGGAGUACGAAGGGGAAGACCACAGCAAGCGAGACCAAGCGGUGAUGAUCCACUUCAUCAUAAACAUCGUGAUCAUAAGCCUCAUGCUGGUGGCAACGUUGAUCGGAGUGAGCAUCUACAAGCUGGACCGCCGGGAGCACGACUCCGAGAAGAAUCCCACGCGCAAUUUGGACGUGUGCCUGCUGGUGGGAACCUCCAUGGGGCAGUUCCUCAUCAGCUACUUCACCAUCGUCGCCAUGGUGGCGUCCGGAGCCCAGGGCCACCUGAACAGGCUCAACCUGACCUGGGCUAUCCUGAUGGUGAUCCAGAUCGGUCUGCAGAACUUCUUCAUCGUCGAAGGUCUCCACCGGGAGCCUUUCCACGAAGAGCACCACGAGCAGAUAACCUCGGUGACGAACAUCUACGCGGUGGGGCACUACAACAAAGAGGUGUACAGUCUGGAAGGGUCGGAAAUAAGGGCCAAGCCCGAGCCGGAGCCGCUGGUGGUGACUCCGUUCGGGCACGUGGUGCACUACCCGCGCAAACUGUCCUGGAAGAGGCGAGUCCUGAAGGAGGUUUCCGUCUUCCUGCUGCUGGCCAACAUCAUUCUGUGGAUCAUGCCGGCAUUCGGCGCUCGCCCCCAGUUCGACCACCCGGCCGAAACCGAAUUCUACGACUUCACCAUCUGGGCCGCCAUCGUGAACGUCGGGCUGCCUUUCGCCAUCUUUUACCGGAUGCACUCGGUGGCCGCCCUCUUGGAAGUGUUCGUCAUCUCGUAAGCGGGCAACCUCGCCGGCCAACCGUCGUCUGUUCAUUCCCUUUUUUCCAUCGAUACCAGCAGUCUUCAAACUUUUUAAUUUUUGUGGGCCCGUUUCCCGUAAAGCAAUAAUUUCACGCACCGGCAUGGAAACGAAUGAAUACGACCGAUCAAUACUCCGAAUGUAGCUGUUGGUGCCGGUCCCGUUUUGGUGUAAUGUGAGACCCUGCCACUCGAAGUGUGCGACUUAUGUCCAGUCUACUUUGUUUUGUUAUCGUUGCAGAAAAAUCACACUUCAUAAAAACAGAAAGUUGCAAAUUAAAGCAAGACAUUCGGUGGAUUUUGGGCUUAUUAUUCCCACAUGAUGCCUGAGCGCGUGAGACUCGCCUGUAGGGCAAAACCCGUAAUUUUAAGUAGGACUGCCGAUUGUCUUAAAUACAGUUGUGAACUUCUUUUUCUUCUGCCUCAUCAUUUGCUCUUUUCCCAUUUCCGAGCAGGAAGCUUGUUUGAACCCAUUUUUGCCAGCUUGUGGGCUUAUUAUUGUUUUUUUUUUUUAUAUAUACGCCGUAUCGCGAAAUUGAAAGGCACGUGAUUUUCACAUUUUGAUAUCUUCAAGAGGCGGCACGGUGGGUCAGCUGGUAAAGCGUUGGCCUCGCGGUUCUGAGGACCCGGGUUCAAUCCCGGCCUCGCCUGUGUGGAGUUUGCACGUUCUCCCCCGUGCCUGCGUGGGUUUUCUCCGGGCGAGCACUCCGGUUUCCUCCCACAUCUCAAAAACAUGCAACAUUAAUCGGACACUCUAAAUUGCCUGUAGGUGUGAUUGUGAGUGCGGCUGUCUGCCCUGCGAUUGGCUGGCGACUAGUUCAGGGUAUACCCCGCCUCCUGCCCGUUGAUGGCCGGGACGGGCUCCAGCACUCCCCGCGACCCACGUGAGGAUAAGCGGCAAAGAAAUUGGAUGGAUGGAUGAAUUUCUCCAAGACUCGAUGAACUCUAAAAUAUUUUUGGCUUUGUGCGGCCUGGAGCAAGAUGGCCUACGGAGCGGCGCCUGCUGGUGGUUGGGCAUCUCAUCUGUACCACUUAACCUAUUCGGGGUCGCCGUGAAGCUGGCGCCGAUUCCAGCUCAUUUUUGGAAAACUGGUCGGAACCCGGACAAAUCGUCUGGCAAUCACAAAUUGUCUCACACACACACACGAUUCAGAGUGUUCACCCGAUCAAGUGCAGGAAAAACGUGCAAAUUUGCCUUGUUUCUUCCUUUGCCAUGUGCAAUGUUCCACCAAAUUUUUGUACAGAAUAAAUGUGAAAUUUUUGUUGAUUUUUUUUUGUAUCUAUAAAGACUAUUAUAAUGUGUUAAUGUCGAAACUGAUGUUAUUGCUGUUGAUGUUUUUCAGUAAGUGAUAAAAGUAUUUCUU